UGCCGUUGAUCAGAGACGUCAUAAGUUCACAAGUUCGAUUUCCCGCCCGACGUUUCAACGGUCGUAACAUCUGAGCGGCGGAGGGACACGGCCGCAGGGAAGAGGUGAAGCCGCCGCAGGAUGAAGAGCUUCCGCCUCUAGAGACAGAAGAACGCCCCCGACAUGUUGGAGAAAAGAGCCACGGAGUGUAAAGAGGAGGAGGAGAGAGGGAAACACGGGAAGGAACCGUUCUGCAGCCAGUAUCACUGUGGUUCUCUGCUCGGCCGAGGAGGCUUCGGUUCUGUGUUCUCAGGUCACCGGCUCUGUGAUGGACUGCAGGUUGCCAUUAAGCAGAUCUCCAGUGACAGAGUUCAGCAAUGGGCCAGACUGCCCGGCCACGGUAGCCCCGUUCCCAUGGAGAUAGCCCUGCUGGAGCGGCUAGCAGAGGUCGAAGGUCACGAAGGAGUCAUCUCCAUGCUGGACUGGUUCGAGGUGGAGGAGCAGGGCUUCCUGUUGGUGCUGGAGCGACCAGCGACGUGUCAGGACCUGUUCGACUUCAUCACCGAGCGGGGAGCGCUGCCUGAACACCUCGCGCUCAGGUUCUUCCGUCAGGUGGUGGAGGCGCUGCAGUUCGUGCACGCUCACGGAAUCGUGCACAGAGACAUCAAAGACGAAAACAUCGUGGUCGACACGAGGACACUUGACGUCAAGAUCAUCGACUUCGGAUCCGGAGCUCCGCUCAAAGAGACGCUGUACAGCGAGUUCGAAGGUACUCGGGUGUACAGUCCUCCUGAGUGGGUCCAGUCUCAGUCCUACCACGGCGUCUCUCUCACCGUCUGGUCUCUGGGCGUUUUACUCUUUGACAUGGUCUGUGGGGAUAUCCCCUUCGAGCGUGACCAGGAGAUUGUGGCGGCCACGCCCAUUUUCACCAGACGGGUCUCCAAAGAAUGCCAGUCUCUGAUUCGCUGGUGCCUCUCGUACCGUCCAGAGGAGCGUCCGACGCUGGACGAGAUCCUGAACCACCCCUGGAUGGAGGAGGGGGGAGGGGACCUGCAGGACGACCACAGCCCUCUGCCCAGUCAGUCCCUCUGACACACGUCCCUGAACCUCACUGAACUCUUUACGCCACAGGCUGACACGGCUCAGCCAGCAGGGCGGCGACAGAAACUAAAACCUCACAAUGGACUUUAAAGGAGCAGGUCGUGUUUUUAACCACUGGAGGAUCAAACUGUUUAUUUCUGCCUCAAAAUCAAGGUCUGAAAAUCCCUGAUGUUCACGUGUCCUUGAACUCAGCACACGAACCCAUAAAACGAGAACGUACGGAGAAAGUGAAGCAGCCGCAGGAAGAAGAGACAAUUGGUUAUUUAAGUCUGAUUUAUUUAUCUGAACGCAGCAGGUUCAGAGGUCAUGUCUGAUUGGUCGAGACAGACCUCCACUUUGGUCAUUUAUUGAUCAGAAUAUUUAUUUAGUUUUUCAGUCACUUUACUGAUAGUUUCACGUCGUCUGUUGUAAACAUGAGGGAAAUGGAGGAACACGUGAUGAAUGAAAGGUUAUUAUUCCACAGGGCUAGAAUCCCAUGAUCUGUUCAACUGAGGAUCAAGGUGAUUUUACCAGAGGUGCCGAGCAUCAUGAGACAAAGGCCAUUCUUUUAGGAAGGUGACGAUAUAAAUAAUUUAUAAUAAAUAAUAAUAAAACGUAUGUUUUCUCAGUAAACCCUUUGUGUCAAAGGGGAACUGCAGCUGGUCUCUGGAUGUUUGUCUCUGGAUUUUCUCCAUUUUCCUCCCGUUGCUCAGACGUUUACAGAAAAGUGUCCUGACAGGCGACUCAAACUCGAAACCUCGAAGAAGAAAUGUUUUUAGUCUGAGUUUCCACCUGCGUCCUCCGUUCUGUCGAGGAUCAGGUCUCAGGUUCGUCAUGUAAGUACUUGUGUAUUGUUGAGGGGUCAAAGGUCAAAGUGGCUCGUCGGCCACUUGUUUUAGUUUAUUUACAUUAAAUAACAAUCUGGAUCAAGAGAAAAAAGAUCCAACGUUUGAAUAAAAGUUUUUCUUUUCAUCA